CGAGGCAAAUGGACGAGCGAAGCAGACGAACAGAGCUCACAUGAAUGAGAAAAUACAUCUGUCCUGGAAGUUUUUAGCGUCACACCACGAUAAAUGCAGAGUUUAUCGACAUUGUGUGGACCCUAAAACCUCACGGAGGUAAAUUAAAAUGAGCAAUGUAACUCAUGUUGCUUUUAUUUGCUAAAAGAAAAAGCUAACCGUUACUAGCGAUUAGCAUGUGCUAACAUGCUAGCGCGAGUGAAUAUUUUAUUUCCUUGUAAUAGUGUGUGUGUACAAUUUGCCGUUUUUGAACUCAAAAAGACUUCAAAUAGGCAUUGAAUAUUUUACGCUGGCUAAGUGUAGAUAUCUGUUUGUCAAGGGACAUGGCGUGCGUGAUCCUUGGACCUUUAUCUGUUGGGUUAAAUUCAUUGAGGACCAGCGAGGGUAAAAAUGGGCGUCGAUGGCGUGUCUAUGGAGGACCAAAAAUGCCAAAAUUCAAAAUAAAAAUAAAAAUAAAUCAAUCAAUAAAAAGAAAAAUAAAAACGAAUAUAAAUACAAAAAUAAGAAAUAGGUUACAAAAAUUAAAUAUAAAUACAAAAAUAAAUAUGGAAAUAAAUAGCUAAUUAAAUAAAAGUAGAAAUAAAAAUGAAUAUAUAUACAAAAAUAAGAUAUUAGAUUAAAAAUGUAAAAAUAAAUACAAAAAUAAAUGUGGAAAUAAAUACAAAAAAAUAUCUAAUUAUUAAAAUAAAUGUCAAUCAAUAAAUAAAAGCGCUUUUCCCUUUUUUUCACUUAUUUCAUUGUCAGCAUGAAAGUGCAGGUGGAAAUGUUAUUCAAAUGAGGAGGCGUUCCUAUGGGUGGCAUGGGUUGAACUAUUCGCUUAUUGGUUGAUCGACAUGCGUUAGCUGAAAUCGACUAGGCAUGUCUGUCAGCAAAGAAAAGAGGAAGUCACAAAUUCGCACAUCACACACAAAAAAAGUUCGGUAAUUGAAGAUGGAGGCAUAUAGUUUGGAUGCGAUUUCGAGGGAUCUCCGUCCAUUAUCGGAUAUUGCUGACACCAAUGCUUCCAAAGACUACAUACUGUUCCGAGUGGAACAAUUGUUGGAACAGUUAAUUUACUUUCACAAAAUAAGGGACUUAGAGAUCGAUAAUGUUGUAUAUAACAAUUUGUGUGAAGUCAUCGAGCAACUACAUGUUGAAGUGGCGAGUUGUGAUGAUGGCGGACAAGUUGGCCGUCCUUUGCUGGACCUCUCGACAGAAGCCGUGGAGACUUACUUGUUAGUGGGUCUGACAGUACGCGAAAUAGCCGACCUACUUGGUGUCAGUGAGAGAACAGUCCACCGUCGAAUGUCAGAGCAUGGUAUAAGAGUUUGUGACAUGAAUAAUUCCAUUGACAACGCAACGUUGGAUGCAGCUGUCACAGAGAUCCUAGGUUGUCAUCCAAAUUCUGGAUACAAAAUGAUGCUAGGACAUCUCCGGGCACUAGGUAUAAAGGUUCAAAGAGUUCGUGUGCAAGAAUCCAUGCGACGUGUGGAUCCACAGGGAAUUGUAGUCCGCACACUACAACUACAAACUGUCAGGCGUAGAAGAUAUUCUGUGCCAGCCCCCAACAGUCUGUGGCAUAUAGACGGCAACCAUAAACUCAUAAGAUGGAGAGUUGUGGUCCAUGGUGGAAUUGAUGGCUUUAGUCGUCUAAUUGUCUACCUUCAAGCUGCCACAAACAACCGUGCUACGACUGUGCUGAACAGCUUCAUGCGAGCUGUCCAAACCUAUGGAGUACCAUCCCGUGUUAGAUCGGAUAAAGGGGGCGAAAAUGUCGAAGUAGCACGAUAUAUGGUGUCACACAGAGGUGUGAACUGCAAUGCUCACAUCACAGGAAGAAGUACACACAACCAAAGAAUAGAGAGGUUAUGGCGUGAUGUCUUUGGGGGAGUGCUAGACCUCUUCUACUCUUGCUUCUGCAAUAUGGAAAGUCAAGGCCUACUCAACCCAGAUGAUGAAAUCCACAUCUAUGCAUUGCACUGGAGCUUUUUGCCACACAUACAGAGUCACCUUGAGUUCUUCAUGGAUGGAUGGAAUCACCACACACUGCGUACUGAAAGAAAUCAGUCACCUCUUCAGUUAUGGACUCUAAACCAGCGUGCAGAACAUGAGUCCUCCCAGACACAGAAUAUGGCAUUGACUGGGAUGGUCCACAUGGUCAUCACCAUGUAGGUGUCACAGUCCCUGAAGUGCAGCUGCCACAGGCCUUGACUCCUGAAGAAAUUCAGCAGCUGCCAGAACCCCGUGGGCCCUUUUCUGAUGUACUGAAUGUCUACAGCGAGACAGUAUCCGUCCUACAUGAAAUAUUUGGACUUGUUUGAAGUGGCAUGUUAGUUGUGGUUGAUAUGUCAGUACUUUUACGCAGUGUGAAAAAAAUAAUAAAGGCAAAGAUUGUUUUUCAGCGAAGUAACAUUUUUUUGUUGAACAGUAACACAAUACAAAUAAUAACAGUAAUGUAACACAAUACAAAUAACAGUGAUAAUAAACAGUCAAUGGAUGGACAAAACCAGACUUCCAACACAAGGGAAAAAAUGUCCACUGGGCACUAACAUGUGCCAACUUUUUUCCCCCUCCCUAAUACUGGCCAAAGCCAGCAUAUGUGCUUGACAUGCUUGCCAUCAGAUUUCUAUUAAAUAUAAAAUAAUUGUCUGUGUCUUUGGGGAGCUUCAGUGUAAAAAAGCAAGUAGAUGCGUGAGGAAGAGGGAUCUCAUUUAUUUCAACAUUUAGGUGUUCAGGAACAACAGCCCAACCUGUCCAAAAUUUGAGGAGAAGUUUAAGCUCCUCGGAAGUACCUAGAAGAAAAAAGAUGACAAAAUACAGCUGAAUAAGUUGGCACAUCGAUGUUUGAAAAAGCUCAAAAUACUAGUACUGGGUUUAAAAAUCAAUAUUUUUUUCCCUUUAGCCUAAUAUUGAUCGGUUGAGGUUUCAAAGUAAUAAUCAUAAAAUAGCACUAUGUGUGCACUUUGAAACAUGAAAAGAAUGGAAAUAAUUGGCGUGACUUUAGUUUGAAAUAUUUACGUAAAAUUAAUGAUAACUGACCGUUUAAGCAAGAGUCUAGACCAGACAUGUCCAAAGUCCAGCCCGGGGGCCAAAUGCGGCCCGUGGUCAAAUUUCAUCCGGCCCCCAGCCUCUGUCAUAAAAUCAAUAACGUCUGGCCCGCACACAGACUUAAGAAAUUGGUCAGCAGUACUGCUACCAGCAUAUGAAGUAGCUUACACACUAAAUGCUGUUCCUCAUUUACCCACUAAAAGGCUGCAGCACUCUUAGCAACAUUACCCCGUGUGACCUUUUACUCCCAAUUUUCUAAAAUGGCGACAACCAACAAAAAAAAGAAAGUUGACUGUGACGGCCAACGCUUCAAGGAUAGGUGGAAAUUGGACUAUUUCUUCAAUAAAUUACGCAACAACUGUGUCUGCCUCAUUUGCAAAGAGGCAGUCGCUGAUUUUAAAGAGUUCAAUGUGAGACGAUAUUACCAAACAAGACACACUGAUAUGUACGACAAGAUUGCAGGGAAGAUACGCAGCCAGAAAUUGAAGCCACUUGAAGCUAGUUUAAUUUCAAGGCAGCAGUAUUUCGCAAGAGCUCGAGAGUCGAAAGAGAACGCCACAAAAGCUAGUUGCAAGAUUAUUGAAAUUAUUAAUUAAAAAAAUAGUAAUAAAGCAAAUGUGACACACAGAAUGACUUGCUAAAAUAUAUUGUUCUACGUAAAGGACGUCAGCCGAAGUCGGCCCCCCACAUUUUUACCACACCAAAUCUGGCCCCCUUUGCAAAAAGUUUGGACACCCCUGGUCCAAACCUGUCCUCAAGAGCCGCUGUGGGUCGGUUUUUGUUGUUGUUUUU